AUCGGAAAACCAAGCACGACGACGUAUAAAAUCCACGUUUUUGAGCGCGAGAAAUUAAUUUCUCUCGGUAUUUUCUUCUUUCUUCUCUCUAUACUCCAGUACUCCACCCUCCAGGAGCAGUUAGCUUCUCCCCCUGCUUUCUGCUCCUGACGCGAGAGCAAGAAGAAGAAAAGGCCAUGGCGGAGAAGAGGGCUUCUUCUUGAGGUGAGGCAGCUGCUUCGCUUUCCUCACCCCCCAAAUCGCGCCAGAAUUCGAUCUUUUCCGGCGGCGGCUGGUGGAGCGCAAGAUCGCGCUGCGCGUUUGAUGGGCAAGGCGUGUUCUUGGUGGAGUUUCUUGGGAGCCGCCUCUCGUCCUGGAUCCGUGGCGGCCGGCGACAUCCUGGGCCGGGGAGGGUUUCUCGGAUCCGGUUCUUGCUAAUCCGAUCGGAAUCCGAGCGGAUGGGGUCAGCGAUGGAUGUGGUGGACAUCAGCUCCGACGAGGAGGGCUUCGCCGCGGCGGCGGUGGCGGUGGCGACGACGACCAAGAAGGCGUCCGUCGACUCCCUCGGGUGGAUUGCGGACCUUCUUAGAGAGGAGGAUGAGAGGGCUUUGUCGGAUGAGUUCGAUGAUCUGGAGGUGAUGAGUGAGCUGUCGGCGCCGCCGGUGAUGGCGCAGCAGAAGGGGGGCAAGCCCGAUUGCGGCGGCGAGGAAGACGACGAUGAUUGCGUGGUGCUGGAUGGGGAUCCUGAUGAUGUUGUCGCUGUCGCGGGGGAGAAAGGGAGUGAGGGAGAUGGCAGCUCGGAUGAAUUGCAGAUCGUCGCAGAGAAAGGCCCGGUAGCAUGCAGGGACUUCCCUCAUUCCCGCCAUUUAUGUUCUAACUUGCCCUUCAGCACCACUUCUCAUGUGAAGUAUUGUAGCAUGUGCCACUGUUUUGUAUGUGACACUCCAGCCCCAUGCAAUUAUUGGGGUAAGGGCACCGAGAUUUAUGAUCAUUGUCAUGCUACAGAUAAGGAAAAAAAGUGGAAAGCAAUGAGACAUACAUUCAAGAGCAAAGGUCUGCCAACAUCUCAUCCAGAAAAGCGCCAGAAUGUCGUAUACCCAACAACAACGUCAUUUGUACAGCAAGAUACACAGUGCGAAAUUUCACUCAUACAAUCGCAUAUGACUACUUACUUUCCCAACCAAAGUCAUCUUGCGAAUGUUGUGAACCAGGGGUUAACUCAAACAAGACAUACAUCAGUAAGAGUCUCACCGAGUGUAGGGAGAACUGUCAGUGCAACAAGAACAACUCCUGCAACAAGGGCUGGAAGAGGUAUGAGCAAUGCUCCCAGCAUUCAGAUUCCUCAAUCACGCACAAGAUUCAAACGAGUAGGGGCUACUUCUCCAGGCAUAGUAACUCUAAAUGAUAACCAGUUUGGUUCUGCUGCUCCGAACAAUACCCAGUUGCACCAGCCAUCCUCGCCACAUGCAUCCCAGCCAGCUCAAGUUGCACCAAGAACAUUGUUUGGUACUGUUCAGAAAAAUCCCCCUCAGAGAUCGCUAAGUGCCCCAAUAGCGCUUCAAGGGCAACAAGAUCAGUCGGCGUCGUCCUAUCAGGCUGCCUCAAACGGAACACACGGUACAGGACCACAAUUUUCUCGGUGCAUUUCUCUUACGGCUCAGAGAACACAAUUACUGCCUGAACCAGCAUUGGAUGUUUACAGCAAAAGCUGGCAAGACAUAAUUGAUAGUCUGGCAUCUGAUCUGGAGGUACCAGAUUACAAUAUGGGCGCUGCAGAGUCUCAGCAGCCAGACAGGACUAUUUCUCAACCUCUUGAUUCCAUUACAUUCCAGGGGGUAGGUCUUCACAGUGAGCCUGUUGUGGCAUUGGCGAACUUGAUGCCUUGUAAUGGGCAGAAUGUGGCCAAUGGCAUGAUAGGCAGCAAUUGUCUUGCACAAACAACACAAAUUUUGCCUCACCUCAAUCACCAGCCUAGCCUUGUUCCCAAUGAAUCCCAUCUUAAUAAUUCAGUAAGUUCCACUGCGGACGGAUUACUAAUGGAAGCUGCUCAUCAGAGAGACACGCAAGGAUCGGAUUCUCUAGAUCUUCUAUUUGACUUUGAGUUUGAGGAUUGGGAUUCAGCAGAGCCCUGACAAACAACCUCCGCAUUUCUGAACCCCAAGGACAAUAAAAUCUGGCGUCACCGACAAGCUGGUUCGUUAGCUUCCUUCCUAGGAAGAGGAAGAGAUGUUCCUUGUACAUUCUGUAGGUUCAGUGGUAGAAAUGUUUUUUUUUUCCUUCCAUGGGUGCUUGUUUACAGUAGCGGCUAUACAGGCCUUCUAGGCCUUAGAUUAGCAGUUAUCGCUCUGAAGUUUUAGGGAUGAAGUUCAAUUCCCAAACUGUUGUUGAUCAUAUAUCUAUGGGCCAUAACUCCAUAAUCCUAUAUCUAUGGUCCAUAACUCCAUAAUCCAAUUGCCAGAAUGCAUGUUUCAGGUAGCAUAGCACUGAAGCAAAAUCUUCUGAGCACUGGUGUGGAUUGGCUCUAGUAACUGCUGAUCCAGCGAAGCAAUGUAUAGUUUUUGCUUGAUAAUGGCAAAGAGUGAUCUGCUCUUGAAAAGCCUUAA